AUGCCUACUAGUAACGGCCAGAACAGGCGAGUCAUGGAACGAUUCAAAAUCGACACGAAUAAUCGAAUCACCUCCGGGGUUGCUUCGACGAUCCGCCAAAUGAAGCGGCUCAUGACGAUCCAACGGACGAACCACUCAGUGGAUCGUCCCAAACCACUUUCUUUGGACAAUACUAGUGUUGUCGAUGAGAACACUGGCUUCCCUAUCGAGUUAACCCGUAAAAUCAUUGCCUUGCUCGACGAUCGCCCACUCGACGAGGUUUACUACUGUGGAGAACGCCGCCGCGUACCUACCGGUCUCGUCGCUUGCUCCCUUGUGUGCUCCUCCUGGAACGACGUAUGCCGACCACACAUCUUCCGCUCAGUCACCCUGGACUACAGCCGAGACUCGGACAUCCCCAGGUUCUCGUUCCUCUACUUCACAGCCCCCCAUCUCUGCACAUAUAUCCGCAACCUCGAGCUACGCUUGCCUGAAAAUCCCGGUGCCGUGUCAAGAUGGGUUCAAGGUUCCCUCCCUCAUUUCGCAAAUUUGCAGGAGCUGCGCUUGGACGGCAACUUUCCCGUCUGGUGCUUUCCGAACAGCGGUACCCUAUCCAUGUAUGUCUCACAUAUCGCGUCCCUGCUUCCACAGGCCAGUGCUUCGCACAUCAAGCGACUUGACUUGCGUUGUUGGAGCGCAGCUGCAGAGGAUCUACUUCCCCUCCUCUCCGCUUGCCGAGCUACUCUUGAGGAUUUAUCGAUGGAAAUCGACUUCCGCCCAGAAUCAUCCUUACACCAAGAAACCUCCGAGUCCACGUCGAAGAUUCCUUCACUAAUCCACCUGGACUCCCUCCGUAGUCUGAAAGUCCAUGAGCGCUACGCCACUCGACUUUCUCUAAGCAACGUUAUCGAGUGUCCGAACUUGGAAACACUGAGAAUUGAACAUUAUACCGACGAGUUUUGGGAUAUACCCCCUUGGGUUCCUGCCGGUUUGUCCAACCUUAUUCUCGACGUUGAUCCAAAUGCCACGCUUCCCGACUUAGGCACGACCAUACGCCCUUCUCACUUAACAAUCAACAUCCACAAACCGGACGGCGCGUCAUAUUCGGGGGUCGUGACAUGGAUAGCGGCUUGCGCUAAUCGGCUCCCCCAUCCCAAGCACCUUCAACAACUCACCGUCGCAAUCAUGGACGCUCAGUAUUGGGACGCACCGAUUUACCCCGAUCUGGCCGACUACGAAGGACUAUAUCGUGCCGUACAAUCAAUCCAUGCACAAGGGAGCCUAAAGCGUAUCGACCUCAGUGUCAUCGCCCAUGAGGGCACCGUUUGGACGUCAAAACUCGGCGAGCUAUUUGGCCCAAUAUUGGGAGAUUUGGAGGAGAUACCAUCCGCUCCUAAUGCGAUUGAGAAUAGGGAGGUGCAGCCUGGAAUAUUUUGGUUUUGGUUUUGCUCUUACGACAGCUGGAACGGCGGCCGUGCCUUGUUGAUCAUCCUAGACCACCGGGCUUUGAAACUAAGGCCCCCCUUCAGGCUGCUCCUUGCUAGGGUUUGGUGA